CCAUGCACGAUGGUUAUAAAAUAAGGUCCGAGUCGCCCACUAUACUUCCUGUUUGUGUGGUUGCAGAAGAAUCGCCAUUUUGUCUUUUGAACCAAGAAGCAAGGAAAUCGCAAACAUGAGUGGAUGUCGAGUGUUUAUCGGUCGGCUCAGUCCACACGCCCGUGAGAGAGAUGUGGAGAAGUUCUUCAAAGGAUAUGGCAGAAUCCGAGAAAUAAACUUGAAGAACGGUUUUGGUUUUGUGGAAUUUGAUGACCAUAGAGAUGCUGACGAUGCUGUGUAUGAGUUGAAUGGCAAGGAGCUUUGCAGCGAGAGGGUCACCAUCGAGCAUGCCCGCUCACGCAGAGGAAGAGGAGGCGGUCCUGGAAUGGGGGGUGGCGGUGGGGGUGGUCGAUUCUCGCCACGGUUCGGAGGCUAUCGCCAAUCCCGCAGUGGAGGAUCCAGCCGAUAUGGCCCACCUGUUCGUACAGACCACCGCAUUGUCGUGGAGAACCUGUCCUCCAGGAUCAGCUGGCAGGACCUGAAGGACGUGAUGAGGAAGGUGGGAGAGGUGACCUUUGUGGAUGCUCACAGACCCAACCAGAAUGAAGGGGUGGUGGAGUUCGCCUCGCACAGCGAUAUGAAGAAUGCCCUUGACAAGCUGAACGGAACAGAGCUCAACGGCCGCAAGCUCAAGCUGUUCGAGGAUCGCAAGAGGAACCGCAGCUAUUCACGCUCCCGUUCCCGCAGCUACUCCCGUUCUCGUUCCCGCUCCCGCUCCAAGUCCCGCAGCAGGAACAGCAGGAACCGUUCCCGCAGCCGCUCCCGCUCCGCCAGCCGCUCCAGGACCCCAGACACCAAGCCCGCCAAGGCCGCCAGCCCGCGGCCCCAGCGCUCCCCGUCCCGCUCCAGAUCCCGCUCCCGCUCUGCCUCGCCGGCACCCAAACGCAAGGAGUCCCGCUCACGCUCUCGUUCCCGCUCUAGGCCCCAGCGCUCCCCGUCCCGCUCCAGGUCCCGUUCCCGCUCCGCCUCUGCUGAGAGCCAGCACUGAUCCGAAUGGUCCGACUUAAUGUGUGUGAGUGUAUGAGUGAGUGUGAGCAACGUGUGUGUGUGUGUGUGUGUGUGUGUGUGUGUGUGUGUGUGUGUGUGUGUGUGUGUGUGUGUGUGUGAAGGGCUAGCAAUGAACUGAUGACCAGAGACGGGUAGCUUAUUUGCUCCCACCUGUUGUGUACUUGGCUGGUCGGCUUGAGUAGAAUGUGUUUUUGAGGGAUGUAAAAUCUUCCUGUCCCCUUCCCACUUCUGCCUCAGCCCUGAGUAGUUUGCCUCUUGUAGCCCGGCGGGAGAGGGGGAGCAUGAGCAGCGAGGAGUGAAUAUCCUGGGGCCCAGCGCUGCAUCACCAGCUGGGAUUGUUGGGUCCUGCAAUGUGAUUUCUUCAUGGGUGAUGUCCACCCACAUUUAUGGUCUUGUUAGCUUAUUUUUGUCCCCUCCCUCCCUUUCUGCAAAGAACUGCUCUGUCCUUAACUAGACUAAAACGUUUGUUUGCUUUAAUCCCUCGGUGUGGAUUUCUCUCCUUUUUUUGCUUUCGCCUCCAUUCUGCAGAGAUUUUCAUCACUUGGCUCAUGCAGGUUUUUGCUGGAUAAAUGUUAUCCAGUAAAUACUGUGGUGAGACUGACCAUUCAGAUCUUAAGGUUUGUUUUUUGUACAUUUAGUACUGGAAGUUAUAAGUGGUGAUGCACUUAAUGUGUUUUUUUUCUUUAUAUGGAAAACAAACAGAUUUGAAAUUGAUAACUUUUUUUAGUUGUGUGAUAUAUGUAAGCUUACUUUUUUUUUUUGCUUUACACUUGUAAACCAAGAAUGGACUUUGGUUAGUGAUAUUGACCAACCCAGAGCCUUUCUUUUUUCCCCCCCAUCCACUCUGUUGAUUUCAUUACACUUCCCUAAUGCCAUGUGGCAGCUCAAAUUCUUAUUAAGAGAUUUCAUGCAGAGAUAUUUGGAUAUCAUCCAUGGUUGAGCAGAGCAGCAAAUUAAGUUUCUGCUGUAAGAAAAAUAAAAUGGACGACGAUGGAGGUUAAAAAAAGAAAUCCUCCCUUCCUUAUAAGGAAUUGCUACAGACUCUGAUGUACAUUUUAGAUGCUUGCAAACAGUGUUCAACUGAUGUUGGGUAGAGGAGGUUCUCUGUCUUCCUCAGCCCUGUCACAGAGUGAUGUCUUAUGUGCUGGCUGCUCAAGCUACUCUGCCGCUGUCUUCCCGGGUGGAUGGGGAUUUGUUGUAUGCAGCAGGUGUGACUCACUCGGGAGUUCAACAGGAGCAGUGGGGAAAGGGCCGGGAGAAGUAGUCCUCAGGCUUUGCUAAUUUAACUGUUGACUGUGACCUGUGAUUUGUUACAAAGAAUUAAAAAAAUAAUUUUAAACUCCA